CAGAAGCCUACAAAAGAGCAUAUGCAACUGAGCUUUGAAGAAUACCAACUAACCAAAAUGCAGCUCUUCAGCUUGGUUUCCAUUUUCCUAUUUCUAUCUUUCCUCUUUUUGUUAAGAAAAUGGAAGAACUCCAAUAGCCAAAGCAAAAAAUUGCCACCAGGUCCAUGGAAACUACCGAUACUAGGAAGUAUGCUUCAUAUGGUUGGUGGACUACCACACCAUGUCCUUAGAGAUUUAGCCAAAAAAUAUGGACCGCUUAUGCACCUUCAAUUAGGUGAAGUUUCUGCAGUUGUGGUUACUUCUCCUGAUAUGGCAAAAGAAGUACUAAAAACUCAUGACAUCGCUUUUGCGUCUAGACCUAGCCUUUUGGCCCCGGAGAUUGUCUGUUACAAUAGGUCUGAUCUUGCCUUUUGCCCCUAUGGCGACUAUUGGAGACAAAUGCGUAAAAUAUGUGUCUUGGAAGUGCUCAGUGCCAAGAAUGUUCGGACAUUUAGCUCUAUUAGGCGCGAUGAAGUUCUUCGUCUCAUUAAUUUUAUCCGGUCGUCUUCUGGUGAACCUGUUAAUGUUACGGAAAGGAUCUUUUUGUUCACAAGCUCCAUGACAUGUAGAUCAGCGUUUGGGCAAGUGUUCAAAGAUCAAGACAAAUUUAUACAACUAAUUAAAGAAGUGAUACUCUUAGCAGGAGGGUUUGAUGUGGCUGACAUAUUCCCUUCACUGAAGUUUCUUCAUGUGCUUAGUGGAAUGAAGGGUAAGAUUAUGAAUGCACACCAUAAGGUAGAUGCCAUUGUUGAGAAUGUCAUCAACGAGCACAAGAAAAAUCUUGCAACUGGUAAAACUAAUGGAGCGUUAGGAGGUGAAGAUUUAAUUGAUGUUCUUCUAAGACUUAUGAAUGAUGGAGGCCUUCAAUUUCCUAUCACCAACGACAACAUCAAAGCUAUAAUUUUUGACAUGUUUGCUGCCGGAACAGAGACUUCAUCGUCAACAAUUGUGUGGGCUAUGGUGGAAAUGGUGAAAAAUCCAACUGUAUUCACGAAAGCUCAAGCAGAAGUAAGAGAAGCAUUUAGAGGAAAAGAAACUUUUGAUGAAAAUGAUGUGGAGGAGCUAAGCUACCUAAAGUUAGUCAUUAAAGAAACUCUAAGACUUCAUCCACCGGUUCCACUUUUGCUGCCAAGAGAAUGUAGGGAAGAGACAAAUAUAAACGGCUAUACUAUUCCUGUAAAGACCAAGGUCAUGGUUAAUGUUUGGGCAUUGGGAAGAGAUCCAAAAUAUUGGGAUGACGCAGAAAUUUUUAAGCCAGAGAGAUUUGAGCAGUGCUCUAAGGAUUUUGUUGGUAAUAAUUUUGAAUAUCUUCCGUUUGGUGGAGGAAGGAGGAUUUGUCCAGGGAUUUCAUUUGGUUUAGCUAAUGCUUAUUUGCCAUUGGCUCAAUUACUAUAUCACUUCGAUUGGAAACUCCCUGCUGGAAUCAAACCAAGCGACUUGGACUUGACUGAGUUGGUUGGAGUAACUGCCGCUAGAAAAAGUGACCUUUACUUGGUUGCGACUCCUUAUCAACCUCCUCAAAAGUAAUUUAAUGUUUUCAAUUUUUUAUUUCCUAGUAAACCCCACUGUUGUCCUAUCUUUCUUUUGGUGUUUUCGAUUUUAUCUACUCUAAUACAUGCAUCUUUUACCAUAUAGGAAUGUAUCAUGAUUUUCUGUUUAUCUUAAAUUUUGGAAUAAUGAUGUUAGUGGCAUUCAACUUA